AUGCCUCGCUCAUGCUAUCUCCUUCUGGUGCUACUGUUUGCGCAUUCGUUCGUCCAAGCAGGGUCCAGCCAGGAAUCAUCAUCCUCCAAAACGGCACAGUCUUGUACUGAAGCAUCGACAACGACAUUUUCCCUUAAAGGUGCCAUUUACGUGAGGGUCGAAACAUCCCCAUAUGCCAUUGAUGCAUUUCCCAAUUCGACGCAGCUUGCGUUCGAGGUGAUUAACAAUGCCAACGGUGUCUCGACCGGCUGCAGCCUCCAGAAUGUCGAACACGACAACGUGUGGCCGGACCUUAGCAAUUAUUGGUUUAAAUGUUUAGACCGAAACUACGAGAUAGAUGGGUCUGAGUACCCUAUAAGCACCGGCGCAAACUUCCUUUGGGACGAUAGCUGGAAAUUAAGAGUAAACCAGACCUGGAACUGCGAUGACCGAAAUGUUGUGAGACAAGUUGCUACCGCGACACUUACGCCGGACUGCAAAGAGACUUCUUCCCCUCAGCAGUAUAUAAAGAAUUGCGAUAUCUCUGAUACCGAGGUCCCGGCAACGAAUCAGUAA